CUGUUAAUUCUCCCAUUUCUUGUUUCUGUGUUUUUUUGUGUGUGGGGGUGUAUUAACUUUUUUAUGGGUUUUGCAUGGCUUGAUUCUUAUGGGUUAGAAAACUUCUGCACUUGGGUACGAUUUCUAUUUGUGAUCGCAAAAAGAUUGAGUCUUUUUGUUUGGUCGGAGUGUUAAGCAAUAGAGCUAUGAACAUUGAAGAAAAAGCUUACUGUUCAUGGAAGUAUUUGAGGUUCGGUGCCGACUUUCAAGCUUUCAUUUUAAUCGAGCGUUGCUGUCUGAGUUUUGUUCUUGUAGGAACAUCAGAAGCAGACAAAUCUUCAUUGCAAGCGCCAUGGAUUCUGCCAAAGCAAUGGCUUCAGGGGUGACAGUAGUUGCUCCUGGAGCUCCAUCCAGCUACCAAAUGGCCCCAAGAACUGAGAAUUUGGAACCGGGAUCGUUGCCGAUGGCUUCGCCUUUGAUGGUUUCAGGUUCAGAAAGGAAGAAGAGAGGUAGACCUAGGAAGUACAAACCUGAUGAGUCUACAAGCAGGGUGUUGUCACCUGUGCCACUGUCGUCGUCAGCUCCACCUGCCACCGGCAAGUCCUAUGUGGAGGAGAAGAAGCCAACUCCUGCACGGCCCGUCAGUUCGGAGAAAAAACAUAGAAGUAAAGUUGGAGCUGAAAAAUUAGAUGACUGGGGUGACUGUUUUACGGGUUCAAGUUUUUUGCCACAUGUGAUCACUAUCAACUCUGGCGAGGAUAUUUCGACAAAGAUAAUGGAGUUCUCUCUACAAGGGCCAAGAACUGUUUGCGUAAUAUCCGGAAGUGGGACGGUGUCGAAUGUUACAAUUCGGCAUCCCAGCUCCUCCGGCGGCACUUUAACAUAUGAGGGUCUGUUUGAAAUUCUUUCCUUUUCCGGCUCAUUUACUCCAGUUGAGAUGCCGGACUCGAAAUUUGGGAGAUCCGGCAUGAUGGCCAUAAGUUUGUCUGGUGCCGAUGGUCGUGUGGUGGGAGGCUUAAUUGCUGGACUUACGAUAGCCGCCAGCCCUGUGAAGGUUGUCGUUGCGAGUUUUCUGCUGGGCAGUCCCUUUGUGCCGAAAUCCAGGAAGCAGAAAACGGAAGCAGCUUUCACAGUUGAUGCAUCAGGUCCAAAUGCGGCUCCUGCUACCAAUGUUGAUAAAAGGGUUCCUAAUGAGACACAACGGCCUAGCUGCUCUGCGUCUGAGAACCCGACUAAUUGGGCAGCCACGCAAGUUGCAGAGCGAUCAAGGAAAUCUACUGCGGACAUAAACAUAUCCUUACAGGGUUAGUCUUGUUCGAACCUUUGUAUUUAGUUUUAACCUUGCUGCCUGAUAGCUUGUGGUGAAUCAUGGUUGUGUGCCUGUUCUCGGUUUGCCAUUUCCGGUUGUUCCUCGCUGUGCAUUUUAGGCCAUCUCUGAUUGAAGGAGGCAGAACUCGAAACCUUUGUAAGAAUUUGAUGGAAUCUAACGUAUUUUUCUUGUUU